UUUUAUUGCAUUCACAAAAAUGUUUUCAUCUAUUGCAAAACCUUAUUAUUAUUAUUCAGCAGCUAUUACUGUUGUUGGUGGAGCUUACUUACUAAAAGAUUAUAUUAGUGGUGAUUUCUAUAAGAAUACUGAAAAAAUGACUGACAAAAUAGUAAUCGUAACAGGAGCAAAUACUGGAAUUGGUAAAGAAGUAGUUCGUGACUUAGCCAAACGAGAAGCUAAAGUUAUAAUGGCUUGUAAAGAUAUGGAUAGAUGUGAAAAUGCACGUACUGAGAUAGUAUUAGAAAGUAUGAACAAAUAUGUUUAUUGCAGAAAAUGUGAUCUUGCCUCUCAAACAAGUAUUAGGAAUUUUGUAAAGCAAUUUAAAGAAGAGCAUGAUAAACUCCAUGUUCUUGUAAAUAAUGCAGGAAUAAUGAGAUGUCCUAAGAUUUAUACAGAAGAAGGAAUUGAAAUGCAGUUAGGUGUGAACCAUAUGGGACACUUUUUGCUAACAAAUUUAUUAUUAGAUACUUUAAAAAAUUCUGCACCAUCAAGGAUCAUAAAUGUUUCAAGUAAUGCACAUAAACGUGGCAAAAUUAAAUUGAAAGACUUAAAUAAUGACAAAGAUUAUGAGCCUGGUGAAGCGUAUGCACAAAGUAAAUUAGCUAUUGUUUUAUUUACAAAAGAAUUAGCAAAGAAAUUAAAUGGAACUGGUGUUACUGUAAAUGCAGUUCAUCCUGGUAUAGUACGAACAGAAAUAACGCGAUAUAUGAAAAUUUAUCAACACGUUUUAGGUAGAUUCUUUGUGAAUACAUUCACUUGGUUUUUCAUGAAGCCACCCAUAAAGGGUGCUCAGCCUGUUUUAUUUACUAUAAUGGACCCAUCUUUAAAUGAUGUGACAGGGGCCUAUAUUGCUGAUAAUAAAAUAUCGAAUGUUUCGGAUGAAGCAAACAAUCAAGAAAUUGCAAAGUGGCUAUGGUUAGUUAGUGAGAAGUGGACUAAAUUAAAUUAUGUUUAAAUUGAUGUAAAUACAAGAUAUUUUUAUUAAAG